AAUAAGACAAGCUACAUUUGCACAAGUUGGUGUGGUAUUACUAAUCAAUCACAACAUUUUGCUUAAGAAAUCUACUCACUAUUCUUAUAAAAUUGAUGCCUCUACCAUUAUGCUGCAUCCCUCUUGCUUCAGAAAUCUCAGUAUCGAUCCAAUGAUGUUGCCACUACCAACUUUCUUUCAGAACCUGACGGAUUUCAUAAACCAGUGGGAUUCUCUCAGCCUUCUGUUUCUAGCUCUCUGGAGCAUUUUCUCAUUCACUUGGUACGUAUUCAUCUUCUUCACCAAACCCAAUCCCAACCUACCACCGGGUCCACCAGGUCUUCCCUUGAUCGGCAAUCUUCUCUCUCUCGAUCCCAAUCUUCACUCUUACUUCGCCUCUCUCUCUCAAACCUAUGGUCCAAUCUUCUCACUCCGACUCGGUAUCAAAUACGGCGUCGUCAUCACCUCCCCUUCAAUGGCUCAACAAGUUCUCAAAGACCAUGACGUCGUUUUCGCCAACCGUGACGUCCCUGUUGCCGGCAGGAUCAUUACCUAUGGCGGAAGCGAUGUAGUUUUUUCCUCUUACGGACCUGAGUGGCGAAUGUUGAGAAAAGUGCUUGUGCAAUGGAUAAUCAACAGCAACACCUUGAGUUCCGUCUUUACACUCUGUCGCAAGGAGUUCCAGAAAACUGUGGGUUAUCUCUAUAAUCGGGUCGGGUUUCCGGUGGAUAUUGGAAAGCAAGUGUUUCUUACAGUGUUGAACAUGACCACAAGGAUGAUUUGGGGUGGGACGACAACGGUGGAAGGGGAUGAAAGGACUGUAAUGGUGGGAGCAGAGUUCAGAGAAGUGAUGACCCUUGUGAUGGAGCUAAUUGCAAAGCCUAACGUAUCAGAUUUUUUUCCUGGGUUGGCUUGGUUUGACUUGCAAGGUGUUGAGAAACGUGUGCGUCUGUUGGUUCGGGAGUUUGAUCAGAUUUUCGAAAAGAUGAUUAAGCAACGACAGAAGGUGAAGAAGGAGAAUGGAAGCGAAGGAUCAGAAGACAGUAAUGAUUUUUUCGGUUACUUGUUGAAAUUGAAGGGCGAACCACAUUCUAAGACGCCACUUACCAUGAACAACUUUAAGUCGCUCCUCGUGGAUAUGCUGAUAGGUGGAAUUGACACAUCCUCUAACUCAAUAGAGUUUGCAAUGGCUCAUAUGAUAAACGAACCAGAGGUGACGAAAAGAGUUCAAGAAGAAUUGGAUAGCGUAGUGGGAAAGAAUGGCAAGGUAGAAGAGUCGCAUAUUCAUAAUCUACCAUACUUACAUGCUGUCAUGAAAGAAACAUUAAGGUUACACCCUAUAGUUCCAUUAUUGGUUCCUCAUUGUCCAAGUGAAGCCACCAUUAUAGGAGGCUACACAAUCCCAAAAGGCUCUCGUGUUUUUGUGAAUGUGUGGGCCUUACAUAGAGAUCCUUCAUUUUGGGACAAUCCUCUUCUCUUUGAUCCGACUAGGUUCUUGGGUUCUCUUCAAUAUGACUACAAAGGAAGUGACUUCAGCUAUUUACCAUUUGGGUCAGGGCGAAGAAUAUGUGCAGGAAUGGCCAUGGCAGAAAGGACCUUUAUGUAUUGCGUUGCGACAUUGAUGCAUUUAUUUGACUGGAAACAACCACAAGGUCAAAAGUUGGAUAUAUCAGAGAAGUUUGGUCUUACACUGAAAAAGAAAACACCUCUAGUUGUCAUCCCCACGCCACGAUUAUCAAACCUAGCUCUUUAUGAGUAGAAUGAAUGUAUAUUAAAUAAAGGGGAUUGAAUGUGAGAUCCCUAGCUUGUAAUAGCCUUAAAUAAUCUAUAUAUAUAUAUAUACUUAUUGAAUUAA